UGCAGACUGCUUCUACAAACAUUUGUAAAAUGAGCUCAGCGAAUUCAAGCGUGGUAGCAUGAUAGGUUUCCAUUUGUGUAAUAAGUCCACCCAUGAAAUUUCCUUGCUGCUAAAUAUUCCACGGUCCACUGUUAGUGGUAAUGUAACAAAUUGGAAGCAACUGGGAACAAGAGCAACUCAGCCGCUAAGUGGUAGGCCACGUAAAAUGACAGAGCUGGGUCAGCGCAUGCUGAAGCGCACGGUGCGCAGAAGUUGCCAACUGUCUGCAGAGUCAAUAGCUAAAGACCUCUAAACUUCAUGGGGCCUUCAGAUUAGCACAACAACAGUGCUCAGAGAGCUUCAUGGAAUGGGUUUCCAUGGCCGAGCAGGUGCAUCCAAGCCUUACAUCACCAAGUGCAAUGCAAAGCAUCAGAUUCAGUGGUGUAAAACACGCUGCUAGUGAACUCUAGAGCAGUGAAGACGUGUUCUCUGGAGUGACCAAUCAUUCUUCUCUGGCAAUCUGAUGGACGUGUCUGGAUUUGGCAGU